CUCUUGUUGUAGUCCUCCAGUUUGGGGGUUUUUAAAUAAAUUUUUGCCUUCUUAGCUGUAGCCGCUCCAAGAGGCAGGAGAAGAACAACCAUGGCUUCCAUGGGGAUGCAAGUCUUGGGAAUUGCCUUGUCGGUGAUCGGCUGGCUAGGUACCAUCCUUUGUUGUGGGUUGCCGAUGUGGAGGGUGACAGCCUUUAUGGGCAACAAUAUUGUGGUGGCCCAAAUUAUUUGGGAGGGCCUAUGGAUGGACUGUGUGGUCCAGAGCACGGGACAGAUGCAAUGCAAGGUCUACGAGUCUAUGUUGGCACUGGCACAGGACAUGCAAGCUGCUCGGGCUCUGGUAGUCAUUGCCAUUGUGCUGGCCAUCAUUGGCAUCUUCUUCUCCAUCAUUGGAGGAAAGUGUACUAACUGUGUGGAAGAUGAAGCUACAAAAGCCAAGGUGAUGAUCUUUUCUGGAAUUAUUUUCCUCAUCUCCAGCAUCAUGCUUCUGAUUCCACUCUGCUGGACGGCAAACAACAUCAUACGGGACUUCUACAGCCCCAUGGUCCCAGAGAGCCGAAAGCGGGAGUUGGGGGCUUCUCUCUAUAUUGGCUGGGCCUCCUGUGGCCUGCUGUUCAUUGGAGGAGCACUACUGUGUUGCAACUGCCCCCCCAAACAUGAGAAGCCCUAUUCGACAAAAUACACAGCAGCUCAAUCGGUGCCAGCCAGCAACUAUGUCUAAGCCUUUUUUUCCUCCCCCAUCUGUCUUGGGGACUUUGUAUCAUGGAGGAGACAGUUAGGGACUAAUGGACUUCAGUGUGAGGAGGGACCCUCCUUUUCCCUCCUUUGGACUCGGCGUAGCAGCAGGAAACCUGGCAUACUUCAUCCAGAUUCGGAAAGCAAGGAUUAGUUUCUUGCAUUCACCUGUUUGAACAAACAUCUCUCAAGAACCAGAGUGACAGCUGUUCCUAUCCAAACUGUACUGAAAACUGGCUUCUGUGAGACUAAUGGAAGACUAGUCACCUUCAAACUCACCAAGAUCUUAGCUAGCUCAGCUCAACUGAAGAGUUGGAGAAUAAUUGCUGACGUGGAGGCCCACAUGGAAUGCAGCAGCAACAGGGAAGCUUGGAGUGGGGUGGGAGCUUGCUGGACUUCCGGACACGUUUGAAAUUUGGCUAGAAGAAUUUGAUGGUGGACAUAGACCUGGUGUAUAAUAGUGGCAAGAACAGUCAUUGGUGGAGGUGGAGAGCAUGGGUGUAAGUCCCCUCUAAUUGCUGGCUGUCUCUUCGUAUUUGGAAAUCUGGGUGGUAUAGAGUCUUAAUGUCCUUCAAGUUUGGUUUCUGGCUCUCUUUCCAUAACUCUGUUUUCCAUUAUUUGCAAUCACUCUUGUGGGUGUUUUGGUACCUGCUGAAAUAGGAAGCUCUCUGGGAAGGUCCCCAUUCGCUUACCUUCCUAAAACUGAGCAUGCUACUUAUACAGUAAAGUGAUAGGAUCAAAUUGCUAUAAACUAUUUAAAAAGGACGCAAUGAUUAAGCAGGACUACGUCUAGGUUUGUGGGUUGUGGAGGUCUAGGAAGAGGAAGCUCAAACUGUGGAAUAAUAAGUUUCUGGGCUGUCAGACAAUGAGUGGAGAAAGGAGAAAUAGAAGAUCUUCAGAGAUGUGAUAGGAAAUUUGAAUUCUGCAAUACAGGGAAGAGAUUGAAUAACAACAAUGUACCUUUUUAAUGUCUUGCAUGAUUUAAUUUAAACUCAGAGUUAAACCAGUUUUGAAUGCCUGAAUGCAGUUGUAAAUCUAUGUGAGGGAGGGAUUAUUAAAAAAAACAAACAUUUUGAGACUGACUACCAAGAUGGUAUUUCUGUUCAUGUAUAAAAUACUGUUUAAAUUAUGUUGAAAUUGCACUGAGUGUCUCCAAUUCCAAUUGGCAAUUUGGGAAUGAUGGACUGAUGUUAAACAGAACCAAGUGUAUUAAAAAUGAUGUAUUUCCACCUUUCUUCCAUUCAGGGCUGGAUUUUUAGCAGACUCUUUGGAAGGUUAACCUCAACUAAUUUUGAACAGCAGGGCUCUAUCCAGGUGCUUAUCAAAUAAAGAAAAAAAUGUCUAUGGGCAUAGACAGAAGUCA